AUUCAAUGUUUCACCUAGAUCUAAAUCUAAUGUGAAAUUACAGCUCUGUUAAAAGUUUUCAACGAAACAGUUGUCAAACAUGUUAUAGAUUUAUCCGGUGCAUCUAUCUUUGUCUGAUUCUGAUAUGGAACUACGGAGCUUGGUACCAGCGGUCCCCACAGCAGCACAAAAUACUGUGUGCCGAACUGUGGACAACAUUACCCCCGCAUUGAAUGUCCCCGGUACUUUAACGGCCCCCCUGGUCCCCCCUGUGAUAGCCCCACCUAAUGACGGCGGUGCUGGAAUGGUCAGCAGCAACUUUGUGAACUGUGUGGUGAACAAUGUGGGUCCCUGCAACGCGGGUCCAUCCAACGGUGGUAGAAACUGUCACGUGUGUGGGGUGCCGGACACGCCGAAAAACAUCAAGAACAACUACUUCAACUGCGUUGUCAACAACAUGCCCAGUGGAUUCGUACCGAGUGCAGCCAACAACUGGGGGAUGGCGGAAAAUGUCUUCAACCCCACGCUUAACAACGCGGUUGUGAACGGACGCACGAACACGGCGAUGCUGGCGAUAGAAGGCAGUCAAAGGGUGGUGUCCACGGUGAUGGAGACCGGCAAGUGGGCCCUGACAAAAUUCUACCAGUCGGCCAAGUGGAUCAAAGACAAAGCGGUGGAGAGGGUGCAGCGAGCGAGGGCAGAGGCGUUGGAGAGAGCUAAAGAAGAAAGGGCCCGCAUAGUGGAAGAACAGCGUCAGGCCGGUAUGUUGGCGCUUGAGGGGAUUCAGUUUGUGGAUGACAUCUUUAAUCAACUGGUUGGGGAUGACGUGAAGGCGACUGUUGAGCGUAAACCGGUGGAGAACAAAGGGGAAAGUUUGGAGAAGAAGGAAGAAGAUGACGAGGACGAGGAAGAUGAAGACUACAUCGAGGGACAAGAGGAAUUGGAUGACGAUGACGAUGAGGAUGAUGAUGAUGAUGAUGAUGAUGAUGACGACGAUGACGAAUCAGAGGAUGAUGAAGAUGAUGAAGAUGAGGAAUACAAACAGGAUGAAGAAGGCUGGGAAGCGGAGGAGUUUGACACCAUCAACGUUGACGGGGUGGAUUAUUACAUCAUCCCUCAAUGAUCACGUGACAUAUUCUAGAAGAAGGUCUAAAUUCAUGGACAAGACAGAUUAUGAUAGACAGAUGAUUCUGAUGGAAGGAAACCAUGACUGCAUCGCCUACAUUAAGACGAUGAUUGCUUUUUUUGGGAGGAGGUUUUUAUUUAAAAAAACAAUGUGUCCGGAUCAUGUGCAUGAAUUUAGCGAGCGGUGUUACUAAAAUACUUCGUGGCAAUGGGUCAGUUUAGUACAAAUAGAAACGUAGGCACCCGUAACACAUACACGUAGACCAACACAGUUAGGAAGUAAGGCACAUAAAAACAUUUUAAAAUUUUAUAAUUAUUGAACAUUUAGGGAAAGACAAAUUUUAGAUAGGAGACAUACUGUUUUUAGGUUGCCUCAAGACUAAUUAUUUUCAGCAUGUUGUAUACACUUUGAAUAUUUUUUUUUUUAUUUAUUGUACAAUUUUUAUUAAUUUAAUAUGAAAAUUUUAAAAAUUAAAGUAUUGUAUUUGAA